CCAGCAUCAUCACCCAAGCGACGCAGGACAUCGCCGAUAGCAUACUAACAACAGGUUUUAGCUAGCCUUCUUACUUCACAUACGACUACCUGACUGCCGCGUCCCCUCGUUCAUCCGCGCACUCUCUCCAGCAUCCUAGCAGCAUGGCUGAAGCUUCAACCCUGGAGGCCGCCUUUGAGCGCAUCACUGUGAACGACGAGAACGACGAGCAGGUGGUCUCGACUGCUACCUACCACAAGUCGAAGGCUUCAUUGUCUACCACCGCAUCGAUAACCGGCCUGUCGUCGUCAGCCUCAGCAGCGAACCGCAUCAAAGUGCCCUUGCAGAAGCUCGCCGCCGUCAACUCAAGCAAGCUCGUCAACGCGAACGUCGCCAAGGCCGCCGCCGCCGCCGCCGCCGCCGCCGCACAGCCAGCACGUCCGUCUGAAGGCCACCGCCGCACACUCACAGACACCGCCAUCUACACACAGCCCGCCACACCCAAGCAAUGGCAUCUGGGCAUGUUCGAGAUCGGCAAGCCCCUCGGCAAGGGCAAGUUCGGACGCGUCUACCUCGCCAAAGAGCGCGCCUCCGGCUUCGUCUGCGCCCUCAAAGUGCUCCACAAGUCCGAAAUCCAACAAGGCAAAGUCGAAAAGCAAGUCCGCCGCGAAAUCGAAAUCCAAUCGCACCUCGCCCACCCCAACGUCCUGCGCCUCUUCGGCCACUUCCACGACGCAAAGCGCAUCUUCCUCAUCCUCGAGUUCGCCGGCAAGGGAGAGCUGUACAAGCACCUGCGCCGCGAGCAGCGCUUCCCCGAAUGGAAGGCCGCACAGUACAUUGCACAGAUGGCUUCGGCGCUCAAGUACCUCCACAAGAAGCACGUCAUGCACCGCGACAUCAAGCCGGAGAACAUCCUUGUCGGCGUGCAUGGCGAGAUCAAGAUCUCGGAUUUUGGCUGGAGUGUGCAUGCGCCCAACAACCGCCGGAACACCAUGUGCGGAACGCUCGAUUACCUUCCCCCAGAGAUGCUUAAGGGCGCGUCGAAGGACAACUACUACACUGAGAAGGUCGAUCUGUGGAGUUUGGGUGUUCUGACGUAUGAGUUCUUGGUUGGCGAGGCGCCGUUUGAGGAUACGCAGGUCAUGACGCAAAGAAAGAUUGUGAGGGGUGAAUACACUGUGCCUGGGUUUGUGAGUGCGGAGGCGAAGGACUUGAUCAAGCAGCUGCUCGUACUGGAUCCCGAGAAGCGCAUCUCCCUCGAGAACGUCGAAAGACACCCCUGGAUCAUCAAACACUGCAAAGGCUCAUCGAGAGCGUACGAACGCAAUUCUGGCGACAAGUUCAGGAAGAGCUCUGAUUGAACGAGCUCAGCUGCAUCGAGGCUACACUCUUUGGGGAUGAAACCUCGACGAGAGCUUCGGCAAUCUUUGUGUAAUAGUGACAUUUACGAUUGGGGCGGCGUUUGGGUCUCGGUUAGCGCAUUGUUUGGCGUUUCGGUGGGUUGUGCAUUCAGCAUACAACGUUUGGCGCUGGGGAGACAGCAUACGAACAGUCUCGGUUUUUACAUUCAAU